AGGAAUUACUCAUAUUUGGGAAGCAGAGGUUUUAAUUAUAUAUUUGUUUUUGUUAUUUUUGUCGGCACUCAAGAAUCCAAUUACUGGUCAUAUAAUUCGCUAUCAUACACAGCGCCUCGCUCGCUGAAAGGUGACAUGCCGUAAACCUUGAUCUAAUUGGACGUUUCGAUUGUCAUUAUCAAUUUGCGAAAUAAGUUUCUGCCCGUUUGUAUCUAAUCUGAAAUGUACGGCCAGCCUUCGUCCGUGUUUUAUAUUAAUUUGGCCAUGCUCUCUGGCCAGUUUACUAGUCUAGUUCGAGAAACCCAACUGGCAAGAUGUCGGGGCUUGGAAUAAUAUACCUUCUGGUACUGCUGCAAGUGGUGCUAAACUCUGGCAAACCCCUGCCAGGAGGUGUCUAUGAUCCGGAGGAGGUGGCCGGCUUUGUGGAGGGGGAUAUGAUGCUGACGGUGGAGCAGCAAAGAAGGCUGGAGCAUGGUGCUCCAAUGGGCCGCAAUGGACUCAUCAAUACGGAAAAGAGAUGGCCCGGCAAUGUGGUGGUCUACAGGAUCUCCGAUGACUUUGAUGCGGCGCACAAGAGUUCCAUCCAGACUGGCAUCGAUACCUUGGAGCAGAACACCUGUUUGAAGUUCAGGGAAGCCACCGACGAGGAUACGGCCUAUUUGACCAUUACGGCCAAGUCCGGAGGUUGCUACACAGCGGUGGGAUACCAAGGGGCGCCGCAGGAAAUGAACCUAGAGAUUUACCCGCUGGGCGAAGGAUGUUUCAGGCCAGGGACCAUCCUGCACGAGUUCAUGCACGCCCUGGGAUUCUAUCACCAACAGAGCUCGGCCAUACGAGAUGGUUACAUAAACGUGGUCUAUGACAACAUAGUGCCCGGCAAGGAGUUUAAUUUCCAAAAGUAUGCCGACACAGUGGUGACUGAUUUUGAAAUGGGUUACGACUACGACAGCUGUCUGCAUUAUCGACCAGGAGCCUUCUCCAUCAAUGGCGAGGAUACCAUUGUUCCGCUGAAUGCCACUGCGCAAAUUGGACAGCGAGUGGGUCUCAGCUCAAAGGAUAUUGAUAAGAUCAACAUUAUGUACAAGUGCCCCAUUCAGCUGUGAUCUAGAAUCGGGUAGACUGUGUACUAGUCAAUUGUGAUAUAUAUAUAGCUAUACUUUUCGGCCAUCAACUGAAGCGAUUAGAUCGGUUUUAUUGAUCUACGCUGUCAUUGUCAAUGAGGUCUGUACUAUUUAUAAAGAAGCGUAAAUUAAAGCCAUAUUCCUGUA